AUGAGCAUAUAAUAGGUUAAAAAAGCAAACGAGGAGCUUUAAAAGUAGAUAGCUUAGCUGCAAAAAUAGUUAAAGGAAAAAGAUAAAUAAAACAAGGAGUUAAUUCAUAAGCUUGAGAAAUAUGAAAAAUAAAAUAAGUCGAAUUCAAAAGAAAGAAGUAAAUACAUCAACACUUCAUCAUCUCAAUCUUUGUCAGAUAAAGAAAACAAUGAAAAUGAGUAGAAUCUAAAUAGAAUAAAUAAAAAUAGUUUGCAAAUGAGUGAAAAAUUAAGAUUGUCCAUUCAAGAUUUGCAGUAGCGUAAAAGUAUUAGAGAACAAAGUAAUAAAAAAGAAGAGAUGAUAGUACACUUAAAAACAGAAUGCCUUAGAAAAUGCAACCAGUAUCUUUCAAUAAUGAUGUCCGACUUUUCUCAAAAAUGGAAUUCUUUUGAAGAAAUCGACAUAUUUAAAAAAAAUGAAAAUACUUUGAUUUUUAAUAGGCUUUAAGAAAAGAUUGAUCAUUAAACCACUCAGUAUUUAGUUAUAUGUGAAGUAAAUCUUUGGGACAGCGAGAUAAAAUUUAAGACAGCAAAAGAUUUAGUUGAGUGUUAUUAAAAUUUUUUAGAUGAAAUGUUAAUUUUAAGAUAAGUUUAAUGA